AAGCUCAACGCGAAAGCACACACUGAAAACUGCCUUCUACCACAACCCACACAAGCUUCCAAUACCUUCCCCCAAAUACACCGCUUACGCGACCAGACCUCCAGUCACAAUGUUCAUGACGCGCACUUUUACCGCCGCACCGCGAUUCGCAACGCGCGCUUUCUCCACCACGCCCCGCGCGUCGCUCGCCCGCAUGUCGAUUGUCGGUCGCCUCGGCGUCGCGCCCGAGGAGGUUACAGUCAGCAAUGACAGGACGCUGGUGCGAUAUGUGAUUGGAAGCAAUUUUGGGAAGGGCGAGAAUCAGAAGACGAGCUGGUUCAGGGUUGCGAGUUUUGUGCAGGGGCCGCAGAAGGACUUCUUGUUGAGUGUGCCGAAGGGAUCACUCCUCUACGUCGAUGCGGAUGCGCGCAUGGAGACCUACACCGAUGACCAGGGUAACAAGCGCUCCAACCUCAGCUUGAUCGCAAGGAAUUUCGACGUCCUCUCGCGACCGCGCAUCGAAGAUGGCCCCGAGACCAACGACGAGGGCCUCGUUCAGGAAGCUUCUGCAUAAGCGCAUCGCAAUUUCGAACUAUCCCAUUCAGUUCUGUCACUACAGAGUAUAAUCUGGGUUUCUUACUGUAACCAAGCAGGUCAAUCCUGGGAUUGAAUGUCGAUGGGCCGCUAGUUGGAGUUCUCUGGGUCUUCUUGGACGGCGCUGGAGGAAUAGUGAGCCCAACAGGCCAUUCUGUGGAACGUUCUGUACGACUAUCUGCGGCCUUUCAUAUGUAUUAUCUCCACUCUAGCAGUCUGGCCAGGAACUUGAGAGGUUUGGACGGCGCAAAGAAUUGGCCGUGCCUUUCAAGGUUGAGAGCCCUUUAGGACCGCUAUACGGUGCUUAGUCUUCAUUUUUCUCGUGCUAUUACGAAUACUAGCCGUCCCUCAAGA